CUCCCAAUCAAUCAAACUCUCCAUAUUCGAGAAAUGGACGUUAAUGGUAUACUUUGCAGCUCUGCAACUCAAAGUGACGAAGAUAUGAUGGACCUCAGGAGAGGUCCAUGGACUGUUGAAGAAGAUCUCAUACUCAUCAAUUACAUAGCUAAUCAUGGUGAAGGUCGCUGGAAUUCCCUCGCUCGUUACGCAGGUCUGAAAAGAACUGGGAAAAGCUGUAGAUUGAGAUGGUUAAACUACCUGCGACCAGAUGUUCGACGUGGAAACAUCACCCUUGAAGAACAACUAUUAAUCUUGGAACUUCAUUCUCGCUGGGGGAAUCGGUGGUCAAAAAUCGCUCAACACUUGCCUGGAAGAACAGAUAACGAGAUAAAGAAUUACUGGAGAACAAGAGUUCAGAAACACGCAAAACAACUCCAAUGUGACGUGAACAGCAAACGAUUCAAAGACACUAUGCGUUUAGUAUGGAUGCCAAGGUUGGUUGAGAGAAUCAGAGCAGCAGCGGCCUCAGCUUCUUCAACUUCGACCAACUCUACCAUCACUACUCAACACAUCACAAACAAUCCCAAGUUUCCUAACAAUUUCGUCACAGGACAGAUCUUGCCCACGUCGAGAAACGAAGAAUUUGGGGUUGUGGCACAGUUUAACCCAAGUUUCACACCGGAGGAGAAUUCCAGCAGCGGCGCCGCUUCUUCAGACUUGUUUGGAACUCAAGUUUCUCCGGUUUCAGACCUAACCACAGAUUACUACAACUUUCCGCCCACCAAUUGCAGUGAUGGAUUCCAAUCAGGAUCGAUGCAGGGCAGCUAUGCAGAUUGUUUAACUAGCCCAAUUGCGUACUUCAAUCAUGGGUUGGAUUUCCAAGCAAUUGAACAGAACAGCAGCAGCAGCAACAAUAAUGUCUGGUUAGAUGGUGGAGACGUAUCAGAGAAUUUGUGGAAUGGAGAUGACAUUUGGUUUUACAGCAGUAGCUAAUCACCAAGAAGGAUCUGAGUUUGGACGAUUUAG